AUGGCAAAAGCUCGAGAUGAAGAAAUUCGUGAUUUUGAAUCGAAAGUCGAUGAAGUGAUGAAUAUUCUCAAAUUCAUGUCAAGCAAUGAUCGCAAAGAUCAACAAGUUGGAAUCUCCAUGGCGGAUCGAUAUUUGGGGAAUGAUAAGAAGCACCUGGAGAGUGUUAACAUUGAAAAUUUCAUUGUUAAAGUCAAGGAGGAUCGAACGGUCAUAAAUAGCACGCCAAAUGAAGAAACAUCGGCAAUUGCUCAGGAUAAGCACGCAUUUAUGGCUUCCAUGGAGAAAGACGCCGCAAGGCGAUAUGCAGAGCGCAAAGAACGCGAAUCAAUUGCACAGAAUCUACGAAAGCUCGGCAAUGUGGCUUUUAGGAAGGAGGAAUACGAUAAAGCCAUCAGUAUGUACUCAAAGGCAAUUGACCAGGUCAGAGAUAGCCCAAUUCUCUACAAUAAUCGUGCUCUCUGCUACAUGAGAGUUGGCCUGUACAAGCGUGCAAUAAUUGAUUGUGACUUUGUCAUCAAUAAAUUGGAUGAGAAGAAUUUACGGUCGUGGCUCUAUCGGGCAAAAAGCUACUAUUUCCUCGGUGAAAUGAGAAAUUAUGAGAAGAGUAUCUCGGAGGCGAAGAAAAGUAACCCCAAGGAUCUCGAAUUCAUUGAGGAUGUCGUGAAAAAUAUUCAGGAUAAUGAGAAAAUUGAGGACUAAAGGAAAAAAAAAACUUACCAAGAAGAAGUAAAACACCCAAGAAUGACACGCAUGAAUACAGAAAUGGCAAAUGAUAGCUUCCUAAAUCUGAAAUGAGAAAAUGGCAAU